CGUCUAGCAUUAUCUUCACUUGCACACACGGCCUUAAAAUUGGAAUAGAUAGCAAUACUAUAGAAUUGAGAACAUUAUUUGCAUGAAUUCAGAGCGACGAUCAGUCAGCCUCUCUGCAUAGUUCUAUGACUCAGUAUCAUGUUUAGCUGUGACCGAGCACCUUUAAUUCGUCCCAAUCAUUUGGCUUAGCUGAAUCGGAGGAACAACAGCGUCCCGGAUUGUUUCCUCUUUAAAUUCUUGUUCUUUCUGUCAAAAUUAGUUGAUAUUGUUAGGAAGUUCUUACAAUCUAAGUUAGAGAAUAUUAUAAAUCCAAAGGAAGAUGUUAAGCUGCUAUUCAGUAUUCCUUGUGUAUAACACAUUGCUCUUAUUUACCAGAGGAGCGCCUGAAGUUGAUUUCUUUGAAGAAGAUUCAACAGAAUUUCUUACUGAUAUUCGAAUAGAGCGUAGUCAUGGGUCACGGAGUAAACGUUCAAUGGUGUCCAAUCAAAAUAGGCUAUGGCCUAAAGGGAUUGUACCGUUCAAGAUACAACCAGAAGCACUUGUCGAUAAAGAGAUCCUACGGAAAGGUAUGCAUAGAUGGGAGGAACGAACGUGCAUACGAUUUGUACCAUGGAAUUCAAAGGUUGUUAAAACGCUACCUCAUGACGAUAGGAUAAACUUCUUCAAAGAAGGCAGAUGCAGAUCUGUCGUUGGAAGAUACAGUAUAAAACAAUUUAUCAACGCCUGCAAUACUUUAUUUGGAGUGAUACACGAACUGGGACACUCAAUCGGUCUCUACCAUGAGCACAACAGGCCAGACAGGGAUGAGCAUAUAACGAUGUUGUGGCAAAAUGUCCCACCGGAAGAGGCGGCGCGAUACCUUAAAAUGAUGUCAGCAACGACAAAUGUGGAGUACGACCUAAAGUCCAUUAUGCACUACGGAAAGUAUGGCCCGCUGGGAACGAAGUUCGUUACGGUGGACCCGCUGCUGCAAUACGAUGUUGGACCUUCUUCGGAUAUAACAUUCUACGAUGCCAAGUCCGUCAACCUAGCCUAUAAUUGCAGUGCAAAGUGUAGCAAGAAAUUAAAAUGCAUAAAUGGAGGAUACCAAGGACAUAAGUGUAAAUGUAUCUGCCCUGAAAAGUAUAUGGGAAAAUAUUGUCAGAAGAGAAAUACAACAGUCGAAGAGAAAUGCCGUUUCUCUUUAACUAAUCAACGUGGAAGCGUCUCGUCUCCAAACUUCCCUCUGCAUUAUGACAAUAAGAUAUACUGUAUGUGGCAUAUAAAGGUGAAACCAAAUUAUAAAAUCGUAUUGAACUUUACGUCAUUUAAUGUUGAGCCUGCGCCUGGAUGUAAAGCAGAUAGUGUCUUGCUAAGAACAAAAGAUUUAUACAAUGGUGGCGAAAGCUUUUGCGGUUUUGAUCUUCCACCUGUGAUUACGUCAUCAGCGAACGAAGCGUGGAUACGCAUGUACACUGACAGCAGCACCACAGAAUCGGGAUUUCAUCUCAACUAUUAUUCCGUACGAAACAAAGAGUCGAGUACUUCAAAUUGCUGGAGAAGGAGUUGCUAUAGAUUUUUUAAAGAUGAAUUGACAAUGAUUGAAGCACAAAAGAAGUGCAAAAGCAUUGGAGGCUCUCUUCCGGUAAUAUCAUCAUCAACAGAGAAUGAGCUUCUCAGACGCAAGAUUGCGCAAAUGUUACCUGGGAAAUUUUAUUAUUGGAUUGCGCUGAACGACAUGCUAACGGAGGGCAAGUAUGUUUGGGGGUCGAGUAGAGAACAAAGUUUUUAUCACAACUUUGAAACUUCACCUCCGUCACAAAUAUUUCGCAAUAUAAUUGACUGCGUUGUAUCGGAUGUAUAUGGAGGCUGGCAUGAGCGUUAUUGCUCGUGGAACGCUAGUGUCGUUUGUGAAAUAUGGAAAUCACAGACAGCAAAAGCAUCAUUCAACAAAUGGUCGCAAUGGAAUGAUUGCCCGGUCUCUUGCGGAGGUUCUGUUCAGGACCGUACCAGAGAAUGUAACUUCCCCGGAGAAUGUACUGGCGUUGCCAGAGAAAGACGCGUUUGCAAUACACAACCCUGUCCAGGUACCAUUGCUAGAGGAAAGCCUACUCAAGCUAGCAGUGUUUGGAGGUGGGAUCCUGCUGUGGCCGUUGAUGGUUACUAUUGGCCAAAAUUCGAUGACCUUCACGCAAGUUCGUUAAUGACAAAUUUACAGUAUCAACCUUGGUGGAAAGUGGAUAUUGAAGACAUGUACGUCGUCACAGGGUUACGAUUUACCAAGUGCUUGGGCUAUGAUUACCGUACGCCUUGGGCUGAUGCCUCAGUAGGUUUUAAUAACGAUGUGAUAACUAAUCCAGUUUGUUCCCAAGUAACACUGCGCCACGACAAGAUCCAGACGACAGUUGAGUGCGGGAGACCGUUGCUAGGCAAAAUUGUCGGAAUCCAAAUCAAGAAAGCAUGGACUACGUUGUGUAUCACUGAGGUUGAAGUGUUUACGACAGGUUCUGCGCUAUCCUGUCCACGCGACAUACAAAUGUUGCUUCCUAUUGGAGAGUCUGGUGUAAAUGUCUCCUGGCCUGAAAAUGGAUCAUAUGAAAUUGGUAUCUUGGAAUACUGUACUCAUAAACCCGGUUCUGUAUUUCCUGAAGGAGUAACGACAGUUCAAUGCAGAGUCAGGGAUACAGUGAAUACAGCAUAUAUACGACUAUGCUCAUUUAGAAUAGAGAUAAUAGUUUGUGACAUCAUCAGAGACAGUCGGUGCACUCGACUCAUCGAAAAGAGGCAGACGCGACAGCAAGCACAAGAUGCAUGCCAACAAAAUGGCGGGAACUUGUUGGCAAUACGUUCAGAAACUCAAAACAAGCGUGUACAGAGUAUGAUUGCAUAUUACGGAAAAAAUCUCCGUACGCCAUGGAUAGGCUAUCACGACAUUGAUCAUGACGACACCUGGACGUGGUCAAGUGGACUACAGUCGCCAGUCAAAAAGUUAGUCAUUCCAAAAUCUAAAAAUGAUUUUAAAUGUGCAACCUUCAAACCAAACGGUUACUGGCGCAUGACAUCGUGCACCGAAAAAUCCAGUGCCAUCUGUGAGACAGACAUCAAAUUUCCCACAAUGUUGUGCCCUACGAGAGUUAGCAUAUCAACUCAGACUGGGUAUCGUAACCUGUACGUUUAUUGGAACGAUGACCCCAUCGUCAUUGACCCCUUGAAAAGACACUUUACCACAUCCUGCUACCCAAAAUCUGGAUUUAAUAUGCGACCUGGUGCUUUAAAGAAGAUAACGUGCACAGGAAACGCGGACAUUGACGGUGCUGUGGUAGGCCCGUGUACGUUCAAUGUCAGAGCAUGCACCAGAGUAUCGGGAAAUGAUUGUUACGUCGUCACCGAUGACUUAUUGCAGUGGAAAGAUGCGAAAAAACGUUGUCAUUCGUUAGGAGGCGCACUCGUAGCUAUAGCAUCGUCGAACCAGAAUACUAUUGUUCAAAAUGUAUUUCUAAGGACGUAUAAAUAUGUAGAGGAUGUAUGGAUUGGUUACACACUCAAGACUGCAGGCCAAUCCAAAUACACAAAUUGGGAGAAAGAAUUAACAAAAAAGGAUAGUAAACUGUGCGUGACUAUAAAAAGGGAUGGAAAAUGGAUAGGUGUCGGCUGCAGCCAGCUACGAAGGUCUGUGUGUGUCAUAAACUUGAACCCGGAAACCUUAACAGUAGAUCAGAAAAGAUAGACUCUACCAUUCAGUCAUAAUUUCUUUUUUAUAACAAUAAUAAUAAUAUAUCACAUUUCUAUAGCCUCGGUUUAAGCAGCAAAAAAACUGGCUUGUCACCAGCGCUUUAAGAUAUUAGAAAGGAGUGAGCUAUUUGAAGAGAAGUAUUUAAGAUUGUAUUUGCAUAACUCUGUAUCAGAGAUGACACGUAAUUGUGGGGUAGAGAGUCCCAGAGAGUUAAGGAGCAGAAAAGGAAAAAGAGCCAUAACGAAUAAUAUUAAUGUAAUAUUAACAAAAGGUUAACUAGUUAACAAUAACAACUGAUUACACUUCUGUGGAUAUAUUAAAUAAAUCCAACAUUGUUGGUACAUUGUAGCGGCUUAAAGUACAUAGCAGGUUAAUAUUGUUAGUAAUAUUACUUACCAUACUAAUAAGCCAAUUGGUGGUUGGACUGAUCAUGCUCGUAUGCAAUGCCAAUCGAGGUCAAUCGAUAUAAAAUUGAUAUAAACAUAUGUUGACCUUGAUACAAGCAUGCGUGGUUCUAACUAUGAAUUGGUUUAUACGAUAUAAUAUAUGUUGUCCCAUAUUGUAUUGUCGUUAAAAUCAUGUAUUUGGAUUUAUCAGUAUAUAUGUUCAAUGAUCAGUAAAUUAUUCUGAUUCUGAUCAAGUAAAUGGCAAUCUUGUACUUGUACUCGUAAAUAACAAGUUACGUAACCAAACAUAUUUACACUACCACCCUCGAAAAUAAAAGUAAAUAUUGUUACCA